UUCCUAGGCGUGCCCAGGUCUUAAGCUCUAGGUGGUGGACAGGGGACGGGCACGCGGGAGGUCUUGCGAUGGGAGAGGGCCACGGAGACACUUUCGAGGGGGUGAGCACAGACCGCCUGAAGCUGGAGCUGCUGGAGGAGAUCCACAUGAAGGAUGUCGUGCAGCUCUCUACACUUGAGAUACGGCAUAAGAUAGCAGAGCUGGAGGCCAACCUCAACUGUGAUCUUGCAGGCAGUGAGUGGAAAACCCGGUAUGAGACCCAGCUGGAGCUGAAUGACCAAUUGGAAAAACAAAUCGUGUCUUUGAAAGAGAAAAUGGAAAAGAUCCGUGGGAACCCUUCAGAUCGACUGUCUUCCAUUCGUGUCUAUGAGAGGAUGCCGGUGGAAUCUUUAAACGUAUUACUUAAACAACUAGAAAAAGAAAAAAGGAGUCUCGAAAAUCAAGUGAAAGACUAUGAACUUAAACUGGAGCAGGAGUCAAAGGCAUACCACAGGACCAACAAUGAGCGCCGUUCAUACAUCGCGGAAAUGACUCAGGUUUCUGGCUUAAAUCAAGUAUCUAAGAGGCAACAGAUGGACCCGCUGCCUAGAAUGAAGGAAAGUCCUGUGAAAACGUACGUCUAGUGGAAGACACAAUUCCAUGAAUCAGAAGACAACAAAUGCCAAGAAAGGACAAGUUAAAAAAGUUUCAAGAUCAAACCAUCUUCCAAAACUCAACCUGUGAUUCCAGAGCUGGGCAGACUUCUAUUUUUUUCCAUCCUUUUCUUCAUUCAGCGUCUUCGGUUUAGGUAGCUAAUGUUCAAUACAUUCUUCAGGGGAGGAAAUAGAUGAGGAAGAGCAGCUUCUCUCGCUCUUUCAAAAGUUGAUUCCUCUGUCUACAUAAAAGUCAUGUGUCUCCAGUGACCCUAAA